AGAAGUUCCAUAUAUAUACUUUAAUAAGGGAAUGUGUGUAUGAAGGAAGGGCUUUGCAAUUGUAAAACGAAUUUGGGUGUAUAAGACGAGUCGUCUGUCAUAACAUAAGCGUCUGCACAUCGUAAAAUCAUCUUACAGUUCCUUGGAAUGCAUCUGGUCUCAAUUCGGGACCUCGUAUAUAAUACCCCCCUCAACCACCUUUCCUAGGUAAGGAAUCAUCGUAUAUGCACAUUUGCAUGACGAGAAUUCUCGUGUUCUGCCUGUAAAAUGCUUCUUACAGUUGCUAGGAAACGAUUACUGCAGAGUUAUUUGUACUUUAAUUGUGCACCGCUGUCGACAGUUUCGGCAAACUCUAUGAUACCGAAAAAUGCGGCUCAGGUACCUGAUCUUAACAAAAUAGCACAAUGUGUAAAGAUAUACACACUAAAAAAAAGACUUCGUCUACUUGAAUCGUUUCCUAAUCGGACGCUUGCUCGGGCUCUCAUCGAUAAGUCCUUUCCAACUCACAUAUCUAAUACCAAUUCAUUGUUAUGGCCUAUCGGACGAGUUCUUCGUGAUCUAUAUACAUUGGAAUACAUAAAAACGAAAUACCCGAGACUUCCUGAAGAAGGAGUUGCUGUUUUAAAAGACGGGUUAGCCGGAACUGCCGUCUUAAACCAGUUAGCAGCGAUGUUUGGACUAGAAACUAUCGGCAAGGACGAGAACCUCGUUGAUGGAAUGGGAAAAAUUAUAUACUCGCGAGUUCCUGCCGAGAGCUUUCGGCAGGGUCGAGAAUCAUACAAGUCAGAGGCAGUCGCACGGACAAUUCUAUCAAUUCUGGCAGGUGUUUAUAUUCAUGAAGGUAAUGCUGCUGCUCGACUGUUUGUUCAGAAUUUUAUGUUGUCUCGAUACCUUCCACCAGACACACUCAUGCUGUUCCAAAAGCCAAAACAACAAUUGAGGGCACUGUGUAGACGGCUGGGUGUGUCCAAGCCGGUUUACUAUUUGGAGGCAGAGACUGGCAGGAAAUCCAGAGAACCCGUAUUUGUGGUAGGCGUUUAUGCUGAUGGAGAACGGAUUGGACAAGGUCAAGCCAGUUCCUUAAAACUCUCUCAAUCGCAGGCCGCCCAUAACGCUGUGCUUUCGUACUACAUUUACUCCCCCUCAUACAAGACGCUUCCUAGUGAAACCCUUGACAAAGACGGCAUUGCUUACGAGCCUCCCAUUUUACUCCCUCCUGGCCAAAUUGUAAUAUAACGAAGAAUCUAUACUGAUCUCUCACGAUGUUUUAAAAGUUUUAAUGAAGUACGUUAUUUUGUUGUACACAACGUUAAGUCACAUUAAAUG